CAAAAGUCAAUGGUAAUGAUCAAAGGAUGAUAAGUACAAUUCUUCAAGUUUAAACUUAGAACAAGUCUUCAAGUUUAACUUAAUUUACCAAAUGCAAACACUCAAAUUCUCAAUCAUCUUCCUCCUAGUAAUAAUCUUCUCCUUCUUCUUCGACACGACGAAUUCGAGCCAUGCAUGAAAGCUCAUCAGAAAUGGCCGAUUAUUGCUUAACACAAGUAUGUAGCUACGACGAACCGGUGUCACGCUACGUUCAAUUUCCAUUCUUGAUCAAGAAUGAUUCAAUGCCAAGUUUUUGUGGGUAUCCAGGGUUUGAUUUGAUAUGCAAUGGAAAUGAUAAGCUACUAAUCACCUUGCCUAAUAAUCUUGGAUCAUUUUCUGUUCAAGAAAUUGAUUAUGUUAAUCAACAAUUAUGGCUUAAUGAUGUUGAUAAUUGUCUUCCAAGAAAGCUAAUUGCGAUUAAUGGUUCGAGUUUUGUGGGUAAAUCUUCAUUUUAUCCUAUCUUAGAGCAAGAUUAUUGGUUCUAUAAUUGCUCUAAUGAGUUCUUUAAUUCUUCUCAUAAUCUUAAAAUUAUGUUAAUUGGGUGUCUUAGUGGUGAAAGUUAUGGGGUGUUUGCUAGUCCUUUGGAGACAAUUGUUAAGGGUAAUUACUCUUCUUUGUGUAGUAAAAUUGGACCUAUUAAAGUUCCUGUGGGGCCCAAUGAAGAGGACUAUCCCUUGGAUUUAAGGGGUGAUAUUAGGCUCACUUGGUCUAAACCUCUUGAAUGUGGGAAGUGUUAUGAGAGAAAUGGACGUUGUAGGUUCAAGAGCUAUUCUAAUUUUGAAGUGGAAUGUGUUCAUCUUCCUCACCAUGGAUUAAGCAAACAAGCUAUAGUUGCAAUCGCUCUAGCAUUCGCAACACCACUGAUUUUGGUCACAUUUUGCAUCACAUACUUCGUGAUCAAGGCGGUGCUCCACCGGCGAGGACAUGGCAACGGUGCAAACACUACACUCGCCCUAGCGGUCGCAGUCAACCCACAACCGCAAAUUGUAAUCCACGGUCUAGAUCAGUCCGUGAUCGAGUCAUACCCGAAAGUGAUCCUGGGUGAGAGUAAGAGGCUACCAAAGGCAGAUGACAUGAAUUGUCCAAUAUGUUUGGGUGAAUAUAUGGCUAAGGAAAUAUUAAGGACAAUACCAAAUUGUGGUCAUUGUUUUCAUGUUGAUUGUAUUGAUGAAUGGCUUCACUUGAAUGCUUCUUGUCCUGUUUGUCGAAAUUCUCCUCUUAAAACUCCUGAAAAUAACGUUUUAUGAACACCUAAUUUUAUUUUAUUUAUUUAUUUGGGCCUAUUUUGUA